UAUAAAUGCGCCUGCUGUGGCCUUUCUAGUCUACAGGAAGAGGUGACAAAGUUAUGAAUACAUACGGGACACGUAUCAUGCUCCGCAAGCAUGUCCGUGUCGCUGACCUCGCCCAAACAGAUUGCACUAUACCCACCGAGGAUGAUUAAGGCUGGUUCAGCCCACGAGGCGUGAGUAUGGCUCAUGAUAUUCGACCUCAUGUCUUUGCUGGUCCUCGGAGGUGCAAAAGAGUCGAGGUGCGGCAGGUCCCGACGCUGUGAGUCGCUUGAUGACACUGUGGUAGGCGAUGUUCCUCCCGAGGAUACAGAAGACCUUGGCCUGGCCCAUCUAUAGACUCUUUGUAGCCGUUAAUCUUUGCCCCUCUGCAGUCAAGAAGCGGUAAGACAUACUUAGGUAUCCCUACCAAAAACAUAAUUAUCAAAGCCAUAAGCGGGAGCAAGAUGGCAGCCAACCACGCCAGCAUUCCAUUGCUUGGUGCUCCGAUAUCUGGGCUACCUACAUCGGUGUUGGUAGGGCUCGACAUGGCUGCUGCAACAUGAAGCAGAAAGACAUUCCGGCGCCCGGGGGAAUGGCAGGGAUGCUGUGUUUGAUAUGACCUUUGGGCAUUUGAGCUAUUCAAUAAAAGCGAUCUAGACCGGCGGAUGCUGAGGGUUAUGAUAUGAUAUGAUAUGAUUGGCGUCAUCAGUCAGUAGUGUUUGUGGCGUCAGUAUCGUACCACGAAAGCCGCACAAUGUGGCCCGAGAAACAAGCCUCCUUCAACCAAUCACAGAACGCGGAGCUUUGUCCACGGACAUUUUAUCCUCUCAACUUCCUGGACCUUUUGCUCAGAUAAGUGACUGCCCACCAACCUUGUGACUAGCAUGUGAUGGGAGAGGGCAGUCUUUACAACGAAAAGAGAAUCAUGUGAGGAUGUUUUGUUCAAACAUCACAAGACGCUAGAGCGUUCCGUGACACUCCAGCAUGACGCAUCCGCGGAAUCACGAAUGAGAAGUAGUUGAGGCAAUGCCCAUCAUCUGGUCACAUCGUGAUAAGCUUUCCCUAGACUCGAGAUGCAGAUCGGUCAAAGAUCUAUCAACUAUAUGAAUGUUCAUCAUCAUGCAGAACAGCUCUGAACUCCUUUACCACAUCAUCCUGACCGUCAUCGACUUUCACAUCGAGCCCUCGGGGUCCAAACGAGCUAUCUACAUUCUCGGCACACGCGCGACCAUCGAAGCCGCCAAAGACUCGGCCUUCAGGGUCCUGCAUACUCUGAGAUACAAGCCUGAUGACUUUGUUGAAUACGCCGUCCAUUCAAGUCAUGUCGGAACCUGGGAUCACGGCAACGGGGUUCUCAUCUACGCCAAAGCCCCAGCAGGCCAGGUAUUCCUUGUCUCCAUCCAGGCAACGCCCAAUACCGAGAUGCUCCAGGCCGACCGCGACGGUGCGGUUCUACUACCCCACGGGGUACCCUCGCUGCACUACGUGACACAGACCGUCAUCGACUACAACAGGGAUCGGACCGGAUGCGUGCAGGAGAUGCAGAUAGAGGGAACCUUUGUUCACCGUGCUGCGGCCAGGACAGCAGCACGUAAGCUGCUAGACCCUCUUGACUAUGCAGAGUAUGACACACCGGAGAAGAUGAAAGAGGAGUGGCCUUACGGAGAGGACGUACUUGUGCAUGCAGUAGCGGAGAAUGGAGAGAAUACCACUAUUGAGAUCAAGACUGUUGUUGAUACGCAUCACAAACAUGGAAAGGAUAUCUAAGGAUCUACUUGUGGGAAGGAAUUUGUAUGGUGGAUGAGUGAGGCAUGCUUCUUGCCUUGAUGUAAUGAACUCUGAUUGGGAGAUUGUCUGAAUAUGAUGGUCCUGGCUAUUUGGGGCUUGUUUUACUGGAUUAGCAUGUUUAUCGUUGGCCUCUGAAAUUGUAAACUUUAUGCGGCUUCCUAUUAAUGAUCUCAUAAGAUAUUUAUUAAUCCUAAAAUAUACUUUAUUGCCUGUCGCAG